AUCCAGGAAAUGGAAUGAGCUGAAAGUGAAAGUACCGUAGUGUUGAGCUUCCUACCACUUAGUACCAAUACCUGUGUUAAUUUAUGGUAGGAAAUCCUUAUGAAUUGGAUGGUGAUCCAUAAUUGAUCUGUCACACAAAAGACCGGGUGUGUUCUUUGUCCUACUGACCCCUCCAGUUUAGCCAUCUCAUUCAGCAGGUAUCCGCAGUGGCCAAUGUUCAUGUUGUAUUUGCCAGUCGUCUUCUAUCCCUGUACAUGAGAACAAAUUGCAUAUUUCAUUAUGGCUAAAUCAGCGUUUUCCUGUACUCCUGUCCAUGUUUUUACGGCAGUUUCAUGUGCUGUGAUAUGUUACUUCACACUGCGAGGACUGGUCAACGAUUUGCAGGCCAUGCUUCCCACAAGAGAGGUGAAAACACAGCAACAAUUAAUCGGUGCAACAGGCAACGUACACAAACUCGAGAAAAUCCGCACCUUUCACGGAAAGAGAUCGGUUGAACCAGCGGGUUCUUACACACCAUCAUGGAGCCAGAAUAAACAGUGUGAUCGCUGGAUUGUUGUGACGACCAUCUUUGAGCCUACAGGAAUUAUGAAGACCCUGGGAGCGACUUCGGGAUGGUGUAUGGUGGUGGUGGCUGAUAAGAAAGGUCCAGUAUCAAUGGACAUACCCAACAUUGUGCAUCUGACAGUUGCAGAGCAGAAAAAUUGUAGGUACCGCAUCUGUCAACUUAUCCCUUGGAAUCACUUCAGCCGCAAGAAUAUCGGGUACAUGUAUGCCAUCGAGCAUGGAGCAAAAGUGAUUUACGACACUGACGAUGACAAUGGACUACUAGCCGACCUCAUGCCCGACUUUGAGGUACACUUUGCUCAACACGUUAAAUUGGACAGUUAUGUGUGGAAUCCAUAUCCAGAAUUCGGGCCCAGCACUCAUAUAUGGCCAAGAGGUUUUCCCCUUAACCGCAUAACGGAUGACACAACCAAAAGUUUAACAUUAGUGGGUGCAGCGAAGGGAGAGGACAUCGGAGUGGUGCAGUAUUUAGCUCAGCAUGAUCCUGAUGUAGAUGCCAUUUACCGGAUGACCUAUGACCUUCCCUAUGAUUUUAACCUAGAACCCAAGAGGUUUGUUCUACCACCCCGUGUCCUGUCGCCUUACAACGCCCAGACUACCCAUCACUCUCAAGACGCUUUCUGGGGAAUGCUUCUGCCUAUCACUGUACAUAGCAGGGUAUCUGACAUCUGGAGGAGCUACUUCACGCAACGUCUUCUCUGGGACAUCGGGAAGAGGUUAUCUUUCCACUCUCCAGCCGUUGUGCAGAACCGCAACGCCCACAACUACCUAGCCGACUUCGACAGCGAGAUGGAUCUCUACUACAAGGCCGAUAAUCUGGUCAAGUUUCUCCUGGGAUGGACCCCGAGUGUGACAUUAGCUUCUCUUGAGCAAAGAUUGUUCGAGAUGCAGAUCGACCUUUAUGAAUAUGGAUUCAUAGAGGCCGGUGAUGUAGCUUUAACUGAGGCAUGGAUCCAAGAUCUUCAAUCUCUCGGCUACGUCUUCCCUAAAGUUCAAACAAAAUGAGUCGAACUAGGACCAGGGCUUGAUUUCACAAAUCAACAAAAUCCAUCGUAAGACAAAUUUUCAGAAUUACCAUGGUGAUUUGUAU